AGUGGCUCUGCAAUAGUUCAGCCCCACGCUGAAGAUGGCCAGCCUCGUCCCACAGACAGGAGUCCACCAGGUGGCCGCUGCGCGCGCCGUGUCCAGGCAGAGAGAGCUAGGUCGAAGAUGCCCUGAGUUGCCAUCCAGCUCGACGAGCUCUCAUGCAUUGUCAGCCUCCCUACUGGCGGGCGCAGUUGCCGGGCUUCACCGACGAAGUGUUAGUCGUCGCAGCAGAUUGCCGUUGCGGGUGGCCACCUUGGACAAGCCCAGCAUCAUCGAACGCGAGGACCUGCGCAACAUCGCGAUCAUUGCGCAUGUCGAUCAUGGCAAGACCACAUUGACCAAUGCCCUGAUGAAGCAGUGUGGAAUGGAGAAGGUGAAGUCAAUGGAUAGCGACCAGCUGGAGCAGGAGCGAGGAAUUACAAUCCUGGCAAAAAACGCCGCUGUGACGUACAAAGGAAUCAAGAUCAACUUAGUGGACACCCCUGGCCACGCGGACUUCGGCGCUGAAGUCGAGCGGAUCCUGAACAUGGCUGAUGCCUGCCUUUUGCUGGUAGAUGCUGCUGAAGGCCCCAUGCCGCAGACCAAGUUCGUCCUGAGGCAGGCUCUAAAGCUGCAGAAGAAGAUCAUCGUUUGCAUCAACAAGGUAGACAAGCCUGCAUCCAGAGUUGAUUGGGUCUUGGACACGACCUUCGACUUGUUCGGAUGCCUGGGCGCAGAUGAUGAAGCCUGCGACUUUCCGGUGGUCUAUGCCUCUGGCUUCCAGGGUGUCGCAUCCACCGAAGGCCCGGAUGAGCUCGAGAAGGAUUUGACUCCCUUGUUGGACACCAUUCUGCAGGAGACUCCUCCGCCCAAAGUUGAUAGUACAGCUCCCUUGCAAAUGUUGGUGUCCAACCUGGACUACGACGACUACGUUGGGCGUAUCUGCAUUGGUCGCCUCAUUUCUGGCGAGUUGAAGGUCGGUCAGGAGGUGGGGAUCAUGUAUGGUGAAGAUGGUGAACUUCGGAAGGGAACUGUCACAAAACUUUGGCAAUUCAAGAAUAAUGACAAAGACCCAACUGACAUUGUCAAAGCAGGUGACAUUUGCUGCUUCUCAGGCAUUAGCGAGGUGAUGAUUGGUGACACAGUGGUGGACACUCAGACGCCUUUGCCCCUUCCGCCGAUCCAGGUUGAGGAGCCCACAGUGGCCAUGGAGUUCACCAUCAACAAAUCUCCCUUUGCAGGUAAGCUCAAGGAGUCCACCAAGGUCACGGCACCACAGCUGAAGGCACGCUUGGAGAAGGAGUGCCUCACGAAUCUGGCGAUCCGCAUGGAGCCCGGAAGCACGACUGAAAGCUUCAAAGUGAAGGGCCGUGGUACCUUGCAGCUGGGCAUUCUGAUGGAGAACAUGCGCAGAGAGGGCUUCGAGUUCAUGGUCAGUGCUCCUGAAGUUCUAUUGCGUGAAGACCCAGAGACGGGCAAGAAGCUGGAGCCCUACGAGGAAGUAGUCAUUGACGUGCCCAACGAAUACCAAGGUGUGAUCAUGGAGGAAAUGCAGAAGAAGAUGGGAGUCAUGAACAGCAUGGAGUCUGGAGCCGUCGAGAACUCCACCGUGCUCACCUUCGAGAUUCCGACGCGUUGUACCAUCGGAAUGCCAGGAAGGUUUGCACAGAGGACCUCUGGCAGCGCAGUGAUGUCUUCACAGUUCUCACACUGGGGAGAGUUCGAUGGGAGCUCUGUGAAGAUUCGGGAGAAAGGCUCCAUUUGCACCACAGCCACGGGGAAGGCGACCUUCUACAGCAUUCUGAACUUCCAGCAGCGUGGCAAGUUCUUUGUAGAGCAUGCUGAAGAAGUCUAUGCUGGCCAAGUGAUUGGGCUGCACAACAAGGAAAUUGACCUCGAUGUGAACAUCACCAAGGAGAAAGCGGUGUCCAAUGUCCGGGCAGCCUCAGGUAGCUUCACAGUGAACCUUCCGCCCAAAGUCGAGAUGAGUAUCGAUGACUGGCUGGGCCACAUGGACACGGACGAGGUUUUGGAGGUUACACCCGUAGACUGCCGCUUGGCCAAGAAGCAUGCUGUCAAGAUGAAGUGACGCAGAUGACGCUCGGUUAGAAAUUACUGUUCGAGGUGUUCGAGCCGGGGCUGAUCUGUUCAGACCUCAAGUCCUCUUCGAGUCCUCUUGCCUUGCGCAAAGCGCAAAGCAUGCGACUCCAGGUUGCUGGCGAUUGCUGGGUUGAACAUGAAACAAUAAGUGUUCUUUUGUUUUGCGCACUGCCUCACUGUCUUACUGCGUAGAGUGCUUCCCAGCUAAGGCAACCAGUCAUGUUUCGGGCCAGGCUGUGUAAAGGUCAAG